AUGCCCAUCGCGGACCUCUUUCUUGGCGCCCUUCUCCCCGUGCUAUUCGAGAUGUUGGCCUCUCAUGAACUGCUCAACUUUGCACGGCGUGUGGGGAUUGAUAAGCUGCUGAAGAAAUGGGAGAAGAUGCUAACUAGUAUCGACCAAGUGCUAGUUGAUGCGGAGGACAGGCAAAUGACCGGCGAUCCCGGCGUGAAGUGGUGGCUUGAAGAUCUCAGGAACUUGACGUACGACAUCGAAGACUUCCUCGAUGAGUUCACCAUAAAUUCUAUGGAAAACAAGUCCAAGGCAGAACCUGACACUAGCAAGGUGUGUGCCCUUCUUCCUAGUUGUCGCUUCAAAUUGAGCCCAAAAGCAUUGAUGUUAGACCACACAAUGAGAUCCAAGAUAAAAAAGAUGGAUGGCAGAUUACAGGAGAUCAUAGCUCGUAAAGAUGUUCUCAGCCUAAUAGAGAACAGGGGGAGGCGAUCAGCCUACCACCAGCUAGAUAAGCCAAUUCCCUCAACGAAUGGGACCGAGCCUUGUUUCAUUAGUAGAGAGGAUGAAAAAAGGGAGAUCCUCAAAUUAUUGACAAGAGAAGAAGACAACAGAACAUGCAUGGAACUAGAAGUGAUUGCCAUUGUAGGGAUGGGGGGUGUUGGGAAGACAGCUCUAGCUCAACAAAUCUACAAUCAUCCUCAUCUCACCUUCGAUGAGAAAGCAUGGGCUUGUGUUUCCGAUGAUUUCAACGUUCUUUCUAUUACAAAGAGUAUCCUAGAGACAAUCGAUCAUCAUUUGUCCUGUGAAGGUAAAACCUUGAAUUGGCUUCAAGAUGAGCUUAAGAAAAACCUUUCAGGGAAGAAAUAUUUUGUCGUAUUAGAUGACAUUUGGAACAAGAAUUAUGAAAACUGGACUAUCCUGUUGAAGCCUUUUCAAUCAGGAGCAAAGGGAAGCAAGAUUAUUGUCACGACUCGUGAUCUCGAUGUGGCUUCAAUGGCCAAUGCUCGACUAAUAACUCUCAAAGUGCUAUCACUAGAUGAUUGUAUGACUUUGUUCGCAUCUCAUGCUCUUGGAGUCCAAAAUUUCGCUCAUCAUCCUGAUCUUGAAGUAUUAGGCCGGAAAAUAGUGGAAAAAUGCAAAGGUUUGCCAUUAGCCGUGAAGGCAUUGGCCGGGUUGCUACGUACUAAAGUUAGUCCCCAUGAAUGGGAAGCUAUAUUGAACAGCAAGAUUUGGAAUCUACCAGAAGAAAGAAUUAACAUCCUUCCGGCUUUGAAACUUAGCUACCUCCAUCUCCAUUGCCAUUUAAGGAGAUGUUUCGCUUACUGUGCUAUAUUUCCCAAGGGCUAUGAAAUCCAACGGGACGAGGUGAUUCGUUGGUGGAUUGCAGAGGGCUUGGUGAAGGAAAAAGAAGGAAAAGACCGUUGGAAUGCGGGUUUGAAUUAUUUCAACGAGCUAGUGCAACCCAUUUUAGCUCAGGGGAGUUUGAAGUCGAGUGGGAUCAAAAUAAUCCAUCUUUAG